AUGCCGGAAGGUCGUGGCUCAGAAGUUGCGGAGUUGACCAUGUCAAAACACCAGAGCGGCGUUGAACAGGACACCAACGACACGUUCAAUUCCGCCAUGGCAUCUGCUGCGCCGUCCGCACGGCAAUUCAGCACGUGUCUGCGCUGCAUUCGACGUGUCUCCAGCGCCAAUGGCAGCCCUCGCCGUUUUCUGUCAUCCUCUGCGAUAGCCCGCGAAGAGGUGCAGGCACAAUCUUCGACUCCCGCACCGCCGGCCCCGCCACCCUCGGACGACAAGACGCUCACCGACUCCAAGGAGAAGAAGGCAGUCCCGGACUUCAUGCAAAAAUGGGGAACUCUGGACCCGCAGACCGUCGAGAACAAGAAGCUGGAACGCCGCCUGCUGCGAAGGGAAGGUGUGCAGCCCGUUGGUUCUCGUCGUCGCCGUGCUGCUCUCGGACGAUCUGCUCUGAAACAGGCGCCCGAGGUUCCGUUCGAGCAGCUUCCGUACCAAUGCUUCCAAGAGGCGAGGAAGAUCCUUCUGGAGGACAGACAGGAAAAGAUAAAGGCGAUUGAGACUCAGCAGUUGAGGAUCAAGAACUUGACAGACCAAGAUCCUGCCGUGAGUGGAGGACAACACGCCAAAAAGAUCCGACUGGAGAGCAUGCGAAAGCAUCUGGAAGAGCUCGUUAUUCUGGCGGACAUCAAUGACCCUAUAGUCAAGAGAAAAUUCGAGGACGGCGAAGGCGACAUGAACAAACCGAUAUAUCGCCAUCUUGCGGAGAAGAAGUGGCGGUCAUACAAGCGGCUCGUCCUCGAUCAGCGCCUGACCCAGAUGAACGUCGUUCCCGAUUUCCUCCCUACCCUCGACGUUGUAGCAGACAUUGAUAUCGGUUUUGGACGGAAACCGGUGGCGCCAGGUGAAUUUGUGGAAUCCUUCAUCAGUGAGAAGAUGCCUCGACUCAAAGUCCAGACCUUUACGCCUGGUGAGCGACUUGUCACCGUCGUAGUUGUCGACGGUGAUGUCCCUGUGGUGGAGGAAGAUAGCUUCGCGUCCCGUUGCCACUUCGUUGCAUCCAACAUCCCGUUGUCCCCAACACGAACAUCCAUUCCCCUGCAGCGCAUUGCACAGGAAGACGCCAAGGCCACGGAUGCCUCUGCAAAGAAGAUAGCUCUGCCCUGGGCUGCGCCGUGGGCCCACAAGGGAGCACCAUACCACCGCCUAGCAAUAUUCGUCAUGGAACAGAAGGAAGCAAAGCCACUUGACAUGGGCAAGCUCGGCGCAACCAAGCGCGAAAAGUUCAACCUAAGGAGCUUCGUCGACAAGCACAAACUGAGCCCCAUCACUGCGACCCUGUUUAGGACACAAUGGGACGAGACUAUGGCGGGUGUCAUGGAGCGCGCUGGUCUGAAAGACCAGGUUGGCGUCGAGCUCAAGAGGAGAAGAGUUGAGCCGCUGCCUUACAAGAGGCGCACCGAACGCAUGCGCUGAGCUUGUCGUGUAACAUGUGUACAAGUAUUGCAGUGGGUGUGAGAUUAUCACGAUCUCAUGAAAUGUAUCAUAUUGCUCACCGUGUCUUGCAAGCAUAGACACGGCAUCUCCGA